CAUUGAGGGAUCCACAUCUCGAAAAGCGAGGGACCGCCAUACGUUCUCAAUAGAGAUUUAUUGUCAGGAGUUGCAUAAGGUUGCUGUGAAAUGGGUGCCAAGAGUUUCUCAGGUUUGCAACGUAGGUCUAGUUUUGGGAUCUGAGAUAAAGUUGAAGAAGCACCGCCAUCAGCUUCUCUAAGAAGGCAAGAUAUUUUUGUCUAGACAUCAAGCAACUUUUGAAGACUUUAAUUAGUUUUUUUUCUCGCCAAGGGUUAGAGGACUUUUAGGUGUUUCCAGCUUCGGAUCCACAUUUGAUAAUGGAUGCCAGGAUUUGCUCGGGCUUAGAACGUAGGUCUGGUUAUGGGAUUUGAGAUUAAGUUGAAGAAGAAGCACCGUCAACUUCGGACUUUAAGAUUUCGGAAGAUUAAAUUUUUUUUCUUCCUAAAGUUUUGAGGACUUUUAGGUGUACCUUUCUAGGAGUACUGCAAGAUCCCAUUGAGGGAUCCACGACUCAAAGCGAGGAACCCAUAAUACUUUCUCAAUUGAGAUUUAUUGUCAAGUGUUUCAUAGGUUUGCUGGGAAAUGGGUGCCAGGAGUUUCUUGGGUUUACAACCUGGGUCCGGUUUUGGGAUCUGAGAUGAAGAAGCAACACUGUCAGCUUUUUCGAAGAAGCAAGACAUUCUUGUACUUUGGAAGAUUUUAAUUAGUUUUUUUUCUUCCCAAGGUUUAGAGGGCUUUUUGAUGUUUCUGACCUGGCAUACUGCAAGAUCCCAUUGAGGCAUCCACAACUCGAAAAAGCAAAUAACCCAUUAUACGUUCUCAUUUGAGAUUUAUUGUCAAGAGCUUCAUAGGGUUGUUGUGAAAUGGCUGCCAGAAUUCGCUGUGUUUUGGAACGUAGGUCCAGUUUUGGCAUGCCUAGUUGCACACUUUUAUGGGUUGGAACUCGUGAAGCAGGAUCAAAGCGAGGUUUAAUUGUUGGGGAAGAUGAGGUAACUGCAGGUGCCUGCUUUAUGGGAAAUUGUUCAAGAUUGACUAUAUCCCAUUUAGAGCACAUCAGAGAUAGACGUAAAGAUGCCGCGUUAGAUGUUGAGUGUUUGAUUAUUGUCCGAGUGGGUAUUGUUUCCUUUUAAAGUAGCCAUUAGAAGAUCAGUGUUUACAGCCUCGUCCUUCACGAUGUUCCUUUAUUGGAGGAAACGGGGAGCUUAUGAACUCGAGACACUCCCAUCUUCUCUGACAGGACUGGGGGCGGAACGCUACUCUUGGUCGUCCCCUCUGGAUGUCAUCUAUGAUGUUUAUGAUGAGAAGCCCACUCAGGAUGAGGAGUACGUGGUUUGCCAGCAUCCAGACUGCAGCGAGCGCCGUCACGCCUCAAAGGUGUGUCAUCAUCCCGACUGUCAGGAACUGAACGGUAAAAGCCCCCUGCACCUGUGUGAGUCAUGUGAUUCUCGCUGUCACCUGGAUGAGUCUGACAGCAUGCACUUUGACAGGCAUCUCCGCUUCGACGUACAACCACAAGGUUCUAUCCUGGCGCGAAAUGUGUCCACGCGAUCCUGUCCCCCUCGCACAAGCCCUCCUUCAGACCUGGAUGAAGACGAAGAAGGAAACACUGAACGAGGAGAACGUAAGACAGGAGGAAUGAAACUGAAAAGCAGAGAAGGAAAAAAGCCCCGUCGACGCCACACUGAUGACCCAAGGAAGGAGUGCUUCAGCCUCAAGUUUGACCUCAACAUAGACAUUGACACGGAGAUCGUCCCCGCUGUCAAAAAGAAGACGCUACGAGAGGUGCUCGGACCCAUUUUUGAGCGCAAAGGCAUUGAGUUAUCCCGAGUGGAUCUGUUCCUGGACCAGUCGAAUACUCCGCUCUCGCUCCACUUUGAGGCUUAUCGUUUCGGAGGACAUUACCUUAAAGUGAAAGCUCGACCCGGUGAUGAGCUGAAGGUGGAGCAGAGCGUGAAGGAUCUGCGUUCUCUCAGUCUCCCCAACAUGAAGCCGUCAGGAGGGGGCAGCGUCUACAUCCUCACACCGGGCAGUGAGAAGCCAGAGCACGGGUCCCUGCCGCGACGGGAGAGCGUUGACAUACUGGGUCAGGCCCGUCGGCGAAAGAACAUGACGGAAUUUCUGGGCGAUGCCAACAUCCCAUCCCCAGACACUCUGGCCAUGCUAGGUGGGUCUUUACCAAGCGUGGCUCCAGGGGGUUCACUGCCCGGUGUAGCCGCCGGACCAGAUAACUGGAAGAACCGCGCCACCAAUCGGAUCAGCGUGUUCUUCGGUGCUGGAUCUGGAAAGGAAGUGGACCGCGUGGAGCUGCUUCAUACGAAGUUGCAGGCGUACACACAGUUCGGUCUGCCCAAGGUUCCUUCCCAGCUCGCCUUCCACCAGGAUUCCUGGGAGGAGGAAGAGGAGGAGCCGAAUCUGACGCUCGAGGACAGCUGGAGGGAACUGCUGGAGGACCCCGAGAGUCUAAGUAGACGUCAGUUUCAACAGCAAGAGGCGAUAUGGGAGCUAUUCCAAACUGAGGCUACAUACAUUAAGAAACUCAGGGUCAUCACUGAUCUGUUCCUGUGCGGCCUGUUGAAUCUACAGGACAACGGUCUCCUGAUUGAGGUGGAGCCCACGCGGCUCUUCAGCAACAUCCACGACAUUGUACGUCUGCACUCCACGCUGUGGGUCCAAGCCAUGUUUCCGGUGCUGGAGAAAGCGCGAAGCACAAGGAGCUUGAUCGACCCCGCGGACUUGCAGGAGGGGUUCAGUACGUUUGCAUCCAGGUUCCAGCCGUAUAUUCGGUACUGUAUGGAGGAGGAGAGCUGUAUGGAAUACAUGCGCUCGCUGAGAGAGAACGAACUCUUCAAGAUCUACAUCACGUGGGCAGAAACAAACAAACAGUGUAACCGACUGAAGCUAGCGGACAUGCUAGUCAAACCGCACCAGAGGCUCACCAAGUACCCUUUACUCCUGAAGACCAUCCUGAAGAAAACUGAUGACCAAACCUCCAGAGAUGCUCUCAACAACAUGGUGGCGUGUGUGGAGGGCUUCAUUAACAGUGUGGACUCUCAAAUGCGUCAGAAGCAGGAGCAGCAGAAACUGGCUGCCAUUUCGGCUCGAGUGGAGUCGUACGAGGCCGUGGAGGGAGCCAGUGAGGAGGUGGAGAGGGCUCUAAAGGAGUUCAACCGAAUUGACCUGACGGCACCAAUGAUUGGCACUUCACCUGAAGCGACCAGGCAACUGCAUCUAGAGGGGGCGCUCCGCAUGAAAGAGGGCAAAGACAGCAGGAUGGAUGUUUACUGCUUCCUAUUCACUGAUCUGUUGUUGAUCACUAAACCAGUGAAGCGUUUAGAGAAGGUGAAAGUGAUCAGACAACCUCUCCUCUUGCAUAAUGUGGUGUGCAGAGAACUCAAAGACACAGGCUCAUUUGUCCUCAUCUACCUCAAUGAGUUCAAGAGCGCUGUGGCUGCCUACUCUUUCCAGGCCAACAGCACCACCCAGGGGCGAAGUUGGACUGAUGCAAUUUGCAAUGUCCAGAAUCAACUUCAGCGGCUGCGGUCAGAGGAAGCUCGUCGACAGAAGGCUUGUCUGAAGAAAAAACUACAGGAACAUCAGGAGGAAGACGAGGACAGCUGUAACUCCACAGCAAGUUCACCUCAAUUUAGACACAAAGAUCAGAGCAAUAGCCAAUCAGAUGGCUCCACAGAAACCCUGUCGGUGAUGGAUAUGGAUGAGUCUGGAUCAUCUUUGGAUCCUUCUACUCUUCAAUCAGACUUAGUUGGACAUUCAGACCACGAUGCCAGUCUGUCCCAACACCCUGACUCUGCCGUCCCACAGCAGGCCACAGAUUUUGAGCCCCAUCCGGACAAUCAGGAGGGCUCAGAACUGGACCCACAGUGCCGUUCAAUGUCUAUGGACAGUGCCUACGGGACCCUCUCACCAGAGUCCAUGAUGGAAACCCAAAGUCGAGUGGCCCCGGUGGAGGAAGACGACUCAGAGGACGACAAAGAGACGACAACGGGUGAUGAGGAAGAAAAUGCAGAAGACGAUGAGGAAGAUAAAAGCUCAUCCGGAUCUCAGAACUCAGUGGCGCUUUCUCUAAAGCCCAGGCGCCGGCCGCCUGUUCAAUGUCGGCUGCCAUUUUUAGAGAGACUUGUCGUCAAAUCCCGUUCCGAGGACAACCUGUUGUCCACAGUUCAUGAAAAAAGUAACCAUGGUGUUGCCAGAGCAGCCACAGAGUGCACAGGAAGUCGACACACAUGGCAACAAAGGGUUAAAUAUUUAGAGGCACCACUCAGCAGGAGCCUGACGGAGCUCAACCCUGCUGAAUCGGACGAGUGUCUCCCGACGGACGCAGAGAUGGACGAAAGCCACAGUCUCACAUGCAGCUUGCCCUCUGGCAUGCUUUUGGACACAUUGAGACGGGCCAAAAUUGCACAUGAGGCUGAUAGCAACCAGAUUCUCUGCAGCGCGUCAGAUGGGGAGCUGUCACCCCCUAGUGGCCUGGAGGGAAUGGGCCGCUGUAAGAGACCCCAGCAGCACAAAAAACUCACACUGGCCCAACUCUACAGGAUACGCACCACACUGGUGCUCAACUCAACUCUCACAGCCUCAGAAGUGUAGCAUCUUUCUGGCACAGACGUUUUGGGGCUGACUUUGUGAGACUGAAUUCUGCGGGACACAAAUGCACUCUACCCAAUGAGCUCUCCGGCUGCCCUCUCGCUCCCUCAUCCAGUUGGAUGGAUUCUUCCCUGUUGUUUCUCUGCGGGAGGGGACGUCUGCGGACUCAUUAACUCCUUGCACUUUGUAAAACACCACUAACUUCUAAAGAGGUCAAAGCUUUCGGUGAGACUGCGCCAUUUUCAGCAUUAGAACUCGAGACAAAACGAUCAAAGAAAAACUGUGACCGGAGCCCUUACCGUGGGACGUUUGAGGUUUCAACAGGUCACGUGACGAAAAUGAGAAUAAAACGCCACAUCUUGGAUUCCUUAAUCACCGUUUGCUUUCUAAGAGUAUUUCUGUUUCGACAAAGAGGACGCAAGUGAUUAAUGUUAACUGCACUACUGUAUGUGACUGUGUGUGUGUGUUUAUGAAUGAGAAAGUGUGCGGAUUCACGUGCAUCUGUGUAUGACUGAGUGAGUUAUAAUUCUCGACCUAAACCAAAUCACUGUUUGACUUCAGAUAACUUGAGUAGCCACUAAGGCAUGUUACACAUUACUUUAGGACCAGUGUUAUGUUCGUAUGACAGGAAUAUUUCUGUCAUGCAACUGCUUAUCCUAUUAAAUCUUUGGGUUGACGUGGCUUGUUUAAGUUAUACAUGAGCACAUCGAACCCUUUACUGUAUAUUGUGUUGCGGGGGUCAAGUUGGAUUCGUAAAUGCAUAAAUAAUAUCUGAAAUGCUUCAGCAGAUGUGUAAUUAAAAGCAAACAGACUGAAAAACAAAAAACUAUUUGGGUUUAUAACAUUCUAAGGAUUCAGGAAGUGUCACCCGACAUGUGAGCACUUAUUAGAGAUAAUCUGACACUGAAUAGGGUGUUUGGUUUAAGUGAAAGCUCAUGUUAGUUUUCAAACAUUAACCUAUGUAUUGAUGAUUUCGUUUUUUGUAAUCUUAUGAUUUCACUGAUACUGCUGUUACCUGGAAGAUUGAACUGAAACUGCCUGGUGCUUUACUAAACCAAGUCCUUCUGAACUCCCUUUUUGAAAGAAAGAAACAAAAAAACACCCUAAGUAAAUAUGGUGUAUUAUACGUUUACUUAUUAGGCUUUUUGUGUUUGUGUCAUAUUUAUUGAGCGUGCAUUGUUUGUUUUAUAUAUAAAAUAUGGUCUAUAAUAGUAUCACUUCACUUCGCGGUUGUAUUUUUCGUUUUGUCGUCUUAAUUUGUUCUUUGUCAUUUGUUGAAUUAAUUUUGAAAUCUGCUAAGAACCAAAAUAACCUUGUUUUCCCAUGUGAGGGAGUGUUCCUUAAAUGUCUUUCGAAAUAAAAGACAUCUUUCAGUA